AUGCCACGAAAAUAUUAUGCAAUACGGCGGCCUAUUUUAAUUGAAUUAGAAUUUCUAAGUACAAUGGGAUCUAAAAUUUUUCUUUUACCUUUUUUAAGGCGGACAAGGAAACAACUUAUUGGUUUUCUCGUAUUAAAUGUUUUGAUAAUUUGCACAACAACUCAAUUAUUCCUUACUUUAUGUCUAACUGGCUUUAAAGAUUGGUUUGAACUUAUCAACAUUGCACCGAAUUUAGGGGUCUGCGCUAUAUCGUCAAUAAAAUAUGCUAAAAUACAUGUCCAUAGAGAUGUUUACAAUCAAAUAUUUUGUCACUUUCGUGAUGAUUUAUGGGAUGUUGUUUCAAUAAAUUCGAAGUCGCAUCAAAAAGUUUUGAAGAAGUAUAGGUUCAUAUGUAUGGUUGUGAAUAGAUUUUUAUUUUAUUACUCAUUGCCCCUUAUAAUUGUAGUCAACUCUUUUCCAUUCCUUGUAAUGACGUAUGAAAACAAGGUGGUGGGUAAAGAUUUACAGUAUCUGUAUCCUUUUAACGGGUGGUACCCAUUUGAUAAGGUUAAAUGGUACUGGUGUGCGUAUUUAUGGGAAAGUUGUAUGACGGCACUGGUGGUUUGUGUCUAUGUAUUUUCAAAUAUAAUGCAUGCGACAUAUAUCAUAUUUAUUUGCAUGGAGUUGAGAAUUUUAGGACUUAAUAUUGAAAAAAUAAUAAGCACAGAAGAUGUAAAAAAUUUACAAAAUGGACAACGUUCUAAAGAAAUCCAUGAACGGGUUUUACAUCAGUUAAAAUUUAUUAUUGCACGGCAUCAUUUCCUCGCUAAAAUAUCAUCAUCACUUGACAACGUUUUAGGUGACGCAAUGCUUCUGAACUACUCUCUUGGUGCUGUUUUCAUUUGUUUAACAGCAUUUACUUUUACGGUGGUGGAUAACUUUUACCAGUCCGUGCGGUAUUUUUCUUUCUCCGUGUCUCUACUUGUAGAAAGUUUCAAUCAAUGUAUUGUCGGUCAAAUUUUAAGUGAUCACAGUGAAGAAUUAACAGAAUCAAUAUACUCCGCUGAUUGGCCGAAUGCAAGUCCAGAAACUAAAAAAAUAUUGUUAAUAUUUAUUAUGCGAGCUCAAAAACCAUUUCAAUUGACAGCUAAUGGCUACCUUACAAUGAACUUAAAUACUUUUAGCGCUAUAUGCAGCACUUCGUACCAGUUUUUCAACUUAUUACGCACAGUUUAUCCUUAG